AUGUAUUUAUCAUUUACUGAGUCAUUCGGUGCUCAAAUGCCAAGUGUUUCUUUACAUAUUCGUCUCGUUAAAGCAUUACGUUAUACAAAUUUUACAGUAAAAAUUUUAUUUGAAAAUAUUCCAAAGCUUGAUCCUCAUUUUUCACUGAAUUGUACAACCAAUGCUAGUGUUGACCAACCUGGAUUUAAAAUUUUAAGAUAUUAUCAACAAUUAUUUGCUUUAAGUAAUUGUUUUUCUCUCGUUCGUGAUUAUGAAAAGAGAUAAAAUAUUAAGUAUGACAUUAUGGUAAGAUCAAGAGCUGACAUAAAAUUUCUUCGAAUCCCAUCAACAUUUGAUUGACAAUCACCAUUCAAUAUAAAUACUACAAUGAUUUAACUACCUAAUCGUUAUAGUUCAAAAGUAGACGAUGAUUUUGCUAUUGGUCCAAUCGAUUUAAUAGAGGUUUAUAUUAAUCGAUAUUAUUCAUUUCAAGAAUGUUUAACUCGUGAUUUACACCCUGAACGAUAUCUUUACUUUUAUUUGAAUUAUCGAAAGUGAAGAUGAUGAUUGAUGAAAAAAACCAUAGUAGGAUACGUACCUUAUUCACCAAAACAUUGACAUUGACACCAAUACAUUUGUUGGAGUAUAUUUAACAACUGUUCCCUUUUCGAGUUUUUUGUAUAUGUUGAGGACUUAAUUGGAAGGUGUGGGUGUGUGAAUAUAGUGCAGGUUUCAAGUCUUCACUGAACUCACUCACCCACGCACUUGCACCCAUAUCCAUACCUUCUGUAUGGUUCAUCAACAACAGUUUCAUCCCAAGCUGUUUAUGGUUUACUCUAUCGUAUAAAUCAUUGCCGUAGCGCAUAUUUAGCUAUUCUACAUAUUGUGCAAGAUUUUUAUCUUAUAAUCAUUCAACCAAAUCUGUAAGUGUUCAAGAAACCUUUCGACAAAAUAAGUUUUCUUGCUCAUUUGAUUAUAUUUUUUUGUGUAGGUUGGUGAAAUUUUCAUGUAGGGCAUGUAUCAUUAUUAUGAUAGAAUACAAAUCUUGUGCGAUCUGAUGCUUAUGUUUUUCUAUUCGUUAUUGCCAUUUAUCAAUCAACUUUCUUGUUAAUAAACUAAAGACAUCACUAAUAUAAAUGGAUACUUAUGAAGAUACAGUCACCAUGGGAUCAUCUUCUCUGAUAGGUGUAAAAGAUUUUUCACAAUAGAGAAUUUCUAGUAUUUCAUGAGACCAUUUGAUUGUAUUAUAUCACAAAUAGUUAGUAUCACGUUGUAGUGUUUUUUUUUUCUGUUUAGAUAACGCAUUGUAUUCCUCUUCUUUCUUUUUGUAGGAGAAUAUUAAAUGCGUGUCCUACUUCUGUUUUUUUUUCAAUUAUUUUUACAUAAGGAAGAAACAGAAGAAAAACGUUUCCAAAAUUGAUAUGAAAGCAUUUUAGUUCAUGUAUAUUAUGUUUGGGUAUCUCAGACUGAAAAGUCAGUGAAAUAUGAAUGUUGGUGAUGUAUCAGAUUUAGAAUGAAAACAACAAUCGAUCUAUUGGAUUUUGAUAUAUGAAAUAGGUGAAAUCUCGAAAAUAGAGCAUUUCGCUGUCGAGCAACAAUCAUGUGCGAUGUGUUGAAGUAGCAAUUUUCUGGUUUUAGCACAAACUGAAUAUUUGGGUCUUUAGAGAUUUGCACAAAUACAAAUUCAAAAUGUAUUCUGGUGCAAUGAUCACUUUAAUAAACUCCAAAUGUGGGAAUUCCUUUCGUCAAAGUCAUCUUUCCAAUGGCGAUCAUGAUCAUUUUUAACAACAUUCAGAUGUCAGGAAUUCUGAUCAAAAUAUAUCUUCAUGCUUCUCCCCUGAUAAAUACAAAAUACAGUUGUCUAUGCCUUGAUAUCCAUACAUGGUGCUAUCAAAUACUACCAUGCACUGUUAUGUACUCUGUGUAUUUUAUGCAAGUACGCUCAUUACAUUGAGUAUGCCAUUGUAGAAUCUAGUAUUACAAACUUAGUACUCUGCAGCUAAAUUUACUCUCAUAAAUUCAUUUUGAAUAAAACUAUGUAUUAGGUAUUGGUGUGGAUGAGCAGGAGACCAUCACCCACCUUUAUGCACAGCGGUCCCGCUGCAACUUGUGGCAACCUAUGUUUCAGUCUCGUACUAGGAUCAUACAUACGGUAGUUAUCUUGUGUAACAACAAUAACAUCAAAGUAUUGGUAUUUUUACCCGUGUCUCUCUUCCUUGCUUCGAAACGUGCGGUUGUUUUCUUUUCUUUCCUUUCAUCCCCUUAGUUAUAAUGGAACAGAAAGAAAGAAAAUUUGGAAGACGUCUCGAAUGCAUUUAAAAAGAACAUACGCGAAGUUUCGUAUAAAAUGUAGAUGAAAAACGUUUUAUGUAUGUAUGGUUACUUCAACGAAUUUGCUGUAUCGUUGCAUUUAUCAUACUGCAUUUAUUUCUCAGGUUUUUGUUUAAACAAAAAAAUACACAACCACGAUGAAGAUUCGUGACACACAGUCAAUAAAUAAGUCGGUAUAAAGGCAAAAGGGUGUGGGUGUGUGCUUCUUGUAAACGACACUCACACCCACCGAUUUAUUUCAGAGAAGCGAAAAAAAAAUCUCAAAUGUUUAUUAAUGUUUUCUAGAAUAAGAGAAGUUCGCAUGUAAUAACAAUUAUUAAUAUGAAAAUAUAUUUAUGGAGGGAAAAGUUUUUUUUAACUCAAUGGUGAACAAUUCAAAAAUCUACAUUGUAAAAAAUUCCAUCUAUCUUGUAAAACGGUUCACACGUCUAAUGUCUAGUUUAGUUAUAUAUUAGACACGAAAUGCAUCUUUUUUUUGAACACCUACAUACUAUAGAUAGUAAUGUGUCUUAAUGUGCAGGAAACUCCAUUAGCGCUCUCUUUCAUUUCUCAUAUCAAUACAUGAAAUAUUGAUCGCUACAGUUGACCAAAUAUUUGUGUCUAUUUACUCUCUUUGUUUUUGUUUACUAUUAUAUAUCAUACACAAUCGUACUUGACAUGUUAGAAUUAUUUAGUAUUUUAUUUUCUAGAUACAGAAUACUUUUCUUGGUAGCGUCUAGUUGAAGUUUAUUUGAGUUGUUAAUACUGUUGGUUGUAUGUAUGUUUUUUCAGUCUUCUACCGUUUUCGAUGUUCGUUUUUCUAGAAAUUUCGAUUGUUCUCAUGCAAUUAACAGAUUCGUCUUUUUCUAGCAGUAGAAGGUAAACCGAACAUAAGUGAGCAACACAUUCGAUUCUACUUUCUAAUUAAUUUUCUUUUCUGUGGAUUCAUUGUUUUUCACGUCAUUAUUUUAUGUCAAUAUUUCUUGGUACAAAUUAAGUAUUGUUAUUCUUAUCAUAUAUUAAUUUAUUUCGCAUUAUCUUUCAUAUUUGCUGGUGACCUGCUGGUUAUAUUGAUUUUCUAACUAAGCUAGAUGACACUUUUGUUCUUGUAUUUGUUUUUUUUCUAUGCUUUUUCGAACCAGGAAGGUAUUUGGAACUUGGCCUUUAGUUUUGCUUGCGAAGGACAAAUGGCAUCAUUCGAGAUGAUUGAAUUUUUGGACGGUGUUACCAAGAGAUGAACGACCAGCAAACCCGUCACUACUCUGGACAUUUUGAUCCAGUUUAUGGAUAAAGUCCACACCCCACCCUGUUCAACUUGAUUGCGAUCAAGACCAAUUUUUUUUCUAUCAUUCUGAUGAUAAACGUUAUGGUAUUUGCGAUUUACGUACAUUAUCAUCAUCAAAGAAGAGAUUCAAGGGUGUUCGAUUGCACCAACUGGAACAAGAAACAAUCAAUAAACGAAUAGAAAUGUUCAAUAUGAAUAAUGCCGCAUUUGCCAUCGCAACAUCAUCUAAAACAAAUCAAAAGAAAUCCAAAAAAGACAUAAUUGAAGAUCCAAGAUCAUCGGAAGCACUGUAAUGGCUGCGUCAAUUUUAGAAAUCAUCGACCAAAAAACAACAUAAAUAGAUUCAGUAAAUAUUGACCAGUUGUCUUCUUAUCUAUACUAAACUAGAAAAAAAUAUUAUAUCGAUAUCGAUAUCGACUUCACACGUUGCAACCAAUUUAUUUCAUUUUAGAAUCUACGACAGAAAGCAGCAUCAUCCUCAAAGAAAAAACUAAUCAACAGAACAUCAUAACCAAAUUAUUCUUGAAAUCGAUCGAUGUACGAUUAUCCACGACGAGAAUGAGGAAGAUGAUGACAAUGAAGAAGAGAAGAGAAAAAAACAAUGAGCCAUAGGCUAUUUUAACAUCUUCAGUGAUACGCGUUCCAUCGAUCAUUACUAAACAACCAGAUACAACAAAAACAAUAACACCUUUUGAACAAUCUCUGAUUGAAGAACUUCGUGCAACCAACAAUAAAUUAGAUCUACUAGCCAAAAAGUUCAAUCGAAUUUAAGAUCAAUCGGUAGUGACCUACGAAAUGGCUUCUGAAACGCGUGUCACUCAUGGUCUUCGUUCACUUGGAAUGAAUUCGAUCGAUGGAUUAUCGAGAGAGUUUUACCACGUGCAUGAUUAUCAAUCCGCUUUGAUCUCUCUUGCGUAUGAAUUGAAAAAAAAUUAUCUUCAUCGAUGGGCUCCUUACAAUCGUUACGUUGAUAUUUCUCUCCGUCCUCAAAUGAUAGAAAUCAAUUUAAUGGGUAAGUUCGAGCAUUGUUAUUUUCUUUAACGAACCUUGAGAGAGAGCAGCAAAAAAAGAAAUUCAUAUUCAGAGCAAACCUUUUCAUUUGAGAAGAGUUGAAAUGAUUUUUUAUUUUUUUUACUCUUACAACGGAGGUAUGUGUAUUGUUGCGCGAAAAAGGGGCACAUGUUCGGGUCAAAUGAAAGCUCUCAACACCAAACUAACAAGGUUAAAAUAUUAGCGGCCGUUGGGUUGCCUAGAGGGAGAUAUUUAACUUUGAAGUGUAGGUGUAAAAAUGAAUCAGGAAAGGUUUUCUCCACUAUUAUAUGGACAAAACAUAGUGUUGUUCGGGGCGAUUACGGGGUUUGUAGGGACCCUCUUUCAUAUGGCCCGAACAACACUAUGUUCUGUUCUUACAAUAGUAGGGUGAGUUUUUUCUGUAGGUCAUGGAAACGGCAUUUUCUAUCAAUCACUAGAAAAAUUCUCUCCGCUAUUAUAAGGACAAAACAUAGUGUUGUUCGGGCCAUAUGAAAGAGGGACCCUACAAACCCUAUAAUCGGCUCGAACAACACUAUGUUUUGUCCUUAUAAUAGUGGAGAAAACCAUUCCUGAUUCAUUUUUACACCUACACUUAAAAGUUAAAUAUCUCCCUCUAGGCAACCCAACGGCCGCUAAUAUUUUAACCUUGUUAGUUUGGUGUUGAGAGCUUUCAUUUGACCCGAACAUGUGCCACUUUUUCGCUCAACAAUACACACACCUCCAUUGUUAGUAAUAAGUCGAUAACGAGUUCUAUCUUUGCUCAUUUUUCCUUCUAUUGUUCUCUACUCAAAUGUCUUCAUCCAUUCAUACCUAUUCAAAAUUUUUAUAUAUUAGGUUUUGGUUGUUUACCAAAUCGUUCUGGAAAUUUGUCCUCUACUACUCGUUCUACUUCACUGUUAUCGCUUCGACAUUCAUCGUGUAACUUUAACUCAUCUGCUUGAAACAAGAACAAACAGAAGUUCAUUUCGUAUUCUCACGGAGUCGUUGUCGAAGCAACAAUGUCUUCAGUUAAAUUUGAUGUUCGAUAUCUACCAACUGUUUCACAAGCCAAUAAUGAACGUAACUGUUAUUUUCUGUUCUAAACAGGUCAUAAUAAGAUAUUUCCUCGAAGGGUGUGGAUGUGGGUGUGGAGUGUGGGGUGUGGGUGUGGGUGUCGGGUGUGGGUGUGGGUGGGUGGGUGUGGAUGUGGGUGUGGGGUGUUGGUGUGGGUGUGGGUGUGGAUGUGGGUGUGAGUGUGGGUGUGGGUGUGAGUGUGGGUGUGGGUGGGUGUGGGUAUGGG